AUGUCAAGCCUCUUAGAGCCCAUCAUUGUCGGCGGAAAGCUUCCGCUGAGAAACCGUGUGGUCAUGGGCUCCAUGACCCGGAAUCGCUGCGUCGACCGCAUGCCCGGUGCAGCACAAGUCAAGCAUUACGCAGACAGAGCCAGGGACGGCGUCGGCCUGAUUGUGAACGAGGGCACCUUUGUAGACUGGACUGGCUGCGACUGGCAAUGGUCGCCCGUCAUGAUCGAGAUGGAGCAUGCCGAGGCAUGGCGGAAAGUGACCGAUGCCGUCCAUGAAGCCGGUGGGAAGAUCUUUUUCCAAGCCUGGCACGCAGGUCGGAUUCAGCAUGACCAAAUGCCAAUCAUGAAAGAAAAGGGUGGACGUGUCCUGGCGCCAUCCAGCAUCAAAGCUGAAGGGGGGAAAUAUCGUGACCUUCCGGGUCAGCCGGGGCAUACGGAUAAUGUUGAGGAAAUCAAGAACCCCCGUGACGUGAUCGAUACCUAUCGACACUCCGUUCUGCUGGCUAAACACGCAGGCUUUGACGGCGUUGAGCUGCUGGCCCAAGGCGGUUAUUUACCCCAUCAAUUUCUCAACACUCGUUCAAACAAGCGAACAGAUAGCUAUGGAGGUUCAGUAGAAAACCGCUGCCGAUUCACCCUUGAAUUAGUCGAUGCCAUCAGCGAGGUAUUCGGGGGACCCGAGCUAGUCUGCGUCAAGAUCAACCCCACGGACUUCUACAAUGACUCCGCGACCACUUUUGAGGAGAUGAAACAGACCUACACGUUCUUGAUCAAGGCGCUCGUUGACCGCCGGGUGGGCAUCGUUAACCUUGGCCGCCGCGGAAUUGAUCCCAAUGCAGGCACCGGGGACUUCUUCGGACGCAGUGGUCGACCCGAGGAAUUCCCUCUGCCCCCUGGGUACGACCCUGUCUUGGACUUUGGCCCGCUGGUCAAGUAUCCCGGCAGCCCGUCCUUGCUCAUGGCUAACCAUGAUUAUACACCUGAGGAGGCGGACCGGCUGGUCAAAGAAGGGAAGCUGGACUUGAUAACCUUUGCGAGGCCCUUUAUCUAUAACCCGGAUGUAAUCUCGCGCAUCAAGAAUGGCAUUCCUUUCGCCCAGAAUGAUCGGGGCAAGACUGUGCACUACGGACCCUAUCGGGCACCCGACGAGAACUACAAUGACUGGCCUGCUGCUUCCCUGUAG